AUGCUCGAAGCAUUGGCUAAACAGAUUGAAUCUAAUGAGAAAAAGGUAGAAACGUACAACUCUCAAGUGGAUCUCGGGGGCCCCUCCGAUCUUGAAAGGACCGGACUCAAAAAGGUAUAUUCAAAGGCCUUUUCCUCCAAGCGUAGCCCUGAAGUUGAUCCCGAUGAGGGAAACAAUGUUGAAGAGGAUGAAAUUGAGUCAGUGCUACUCAAAAAGCUUGGUGAAACGUUGUCUAAAGGGGUACUAACUUGGUACGACCAUUUGCCAGAGUAUUCCAUCACUUCUUUUGAGAUGCUCGCAAAUGCUUUCAUUAUAGGCCAUGCCGGGGCUAAGAAGGUGCAGGUUCCAAAAGAAACAAAUGGAACUUCCCCUCGGUCCCAGAAGAAUGGGCUGCCCAAGCCUUUACCAAGGGUCUCAACUGCCUCAUUUAAGUUGAAGGAAAAUCUAUUGGAGUACGAGGCAGUGACUUGGGCCGAUGUCCAUAACAGGUAUGAAUCCAAAAUUCGGGUAGAGGAUGAUCAACUUGAGCUUCCACCAGGUCCGAUAGGCGGAAGCAAGAAUUCUGAAACGUCAAGGCCGUCAAAGAAUAGAUAUCGACCUUAUGUUCAACCGGAGAAGUCCAACUUUAGGUCGGAUAGAGGGAAGAACGGUCCCAUUCAUCAUUCGAGCAGGAAUGACAGACAAAUUAAUCGCGGUCUAAGCAGUCAAGGUUUGCAGUUUAGAGGUGAUACCAGCGGGACCGCUAAUAAUGGGGACAUCCCGAGGUUAUCCGAGUACAACUUCAAUAUUGACGUCACUGAUCUUGUCUCAGCCAUUGGCCAUAUUGAGGAUGCAAGAUGGCCGAGGCCACUAAGAUCUGACCCUGCUCAAAGAGAUCCAAGUAUGAUGUGCGAGUAUCAUGGUACUCAUGUUCAUAGGGUAGAAGAUUGUCGUCAACUGAGAGAGGAGAAGGCUCGAUUAUUGAAAAAUGGUCACCUUCGUGAGUUCUUGAGUGACCGAGCCAAAGGAAAUUACAAGGGUAGGGAAAAUCACAAACAGGUUGAGCCCAUAGAGCCUUAG